AUGCAUGCAUCUAUCUAUCUAUCUAUCUAUCUAUCUAUCUAUCUAUCUAUCUAUCUCUCUAUUCAUUUGCUAAGCUAUCUCGCUGACUAUCUAUCUAUCUAUCUAUCUAUCUAUCUAUCUCCUUGUGUCACUAUUACAAGUACUUUCGGGUUUCUUUUGCGAAAAAAUGCUUUUCUCUCUCAUUCUCUCUCUCUCUGUCUUUCUCUCUCUCACUCUCUCUCUCCAUCCUCUUCAUUCACUUGUAAGUUACAUUUUCUUUUUAGUUUUCAUUAUUUCAUAUUCUUUUUAGAUGUCAUUUUUUUUACGUUCAUUCUUUCUUCCCCCCUCCCUGCGCACACACUUCUUUCUUCUUUUUUUUUUCUUUUUUCGAUGCCAAUUUUUUUUUUUUUUUAUUCCUUCGAGGCAAUUGCUAGAUAUCCUCCACACAAGCAAUGGCAUGAUUUUCCGGCAACGAAAGCCGAAGUCUCGAUCGUUAACUCACUACCUCCGUGUGUGCGUAGCCGGGUGGGUCGAUUCUUUUCUUUCUUUUCUCAAAUGUCUUUUAAAUAUCUUGCAUGUUUUUCUUUUCUGAAAUUCUUUUCUGUCUGUCCUGAAUUUUCUUUCCUUCCCGAAAUGCCUUUCUUUCUUUCUUUCUUUCUUUCUUUCUCAUGCAAUUUUUUUUUUCUUCCGUUUUUCACUUCCUUCUUCAUUCUACAGGUCAAUACUUCACACUUCAUUUCUUUUGUUCCUUUUUCCUGA